CUAAGUUACAUUAGUGACUGAUCAAUGACAUCAUUUUAUUAGGGUAUAUUUGUAUUGUUUUUUUUAUGCUUGCUCACAUUGACCUGAUGUUACAUUGCAGAAAUCUGUUGCUUGCUGAUUUAUUUUGACACAUGCAGUUUGUAUGCAGUUAUUUGAUGCAACUAGCAGUCAAAAAAGGGAGUCAAAAUAUAUAGGACACAAUUUACUUCUGUUCUUUUGUUGUCUGUUUGUUAUUAAUGUGUUGUCCCGGUACCGUAUUGCAUACCGUACCUUGUAUGGUGGUCCCCAAAGUCAGAGUAACUACGCUCAGGUAGGGUCCCCCAGGUGGGACAGCCCCUAGUCGUCUCUCUUCUACUCUAAUUUUAUAAUGUAUACAUGUACAUAUUUAAUAAUAAUGUAUAUUUAAUGUAAUGUAUAGUAUGCUUACCUUGUUAGCGUCGCAGGACCUUCGGUCAUGUGACCAUGUUAAAUCCUCUAUGGUAUGUUAGAGGACUUUUGGAGGUCCUUGGGUCACAUAUUACCCAUAAUCCUAUGUAAAGGUGAUUGACAGCAGUAUUGGACCAAUUAGCACUAGUCCAGCCCAUGCCCAUAUAAGGGAGCUGUAGCCAAUUAUCGCUCUCUUGGGUUGCUGCUCUCGUGGAUGCCGGACUAGCAGGACGGAUCUGCGCAACUUUCAAAGACACGCUAGGCCAGAAAACCUACCGGCCUCAGCACAAAACUAAACUGUGAGUUCUAAACUAAUUUCCGCUAAAGCUAGCUUGACUACUGGACCGCAACUAAAUCCCCUAAAUCCAGGGAACAGCGCAUAUUAAUCUAAAGACUCAAAAUUGCUUAAGGUCCCAACCUUUGUCAAUCUCCAAGAGAAUUUGCAUAUGUAGAGACUGUUCCUGUUUUGAAGCUUGCAUAAAAUCUUCAGUAAACGUUCCAACUGUUUUCAGCAAACUCUCCGGUUGUGGACAUUCAAUUAUUCUAUACCUCCCUAUCGCUCUUGGGAAGGGUGAUGGUAGGACAAGCAUUACAGAGGAGCCCUCACCCUAGCGUCAUGAAUAGAAAGGGUUAACCAGACACCCUUUAGUAACCGCACAGCUACACUCCCUACACCCAACUCCCCCAGGCUAUCACGUUAAUACUAGGUUUUGCUGUGAAAACUCCAUCGAAAUAUAAUGAAACUCUAGGAAUUGCCCAGGAAUGUGAUGGCAUCAAAUCGGGUAUACCCACAGCACCAGGAUUAUGACACAUUCUCAGUUUCAACAGAAUGGGAUUCUAGAAGAUCUGUGACAUUUCAGCAAGAAAGAGAUUGUGAAUGCUGCUUCAGAAGGAGAUGUUUCUGCAUUACCGGAGUCGUACUUCUCAUCCUGGGAGCCAUCUCAGCAUUUAUAACAUUAGGAGUCAUCUAUGGAAUACCAGAAAAUGAAAAUUCAUUUACGCGUGAGUGUAAAACAUCAUCCGGCCAAACUGGCUUCCUAUGUGACGACAGAAGCACGUGCAUCGUAGCUUCAGCUCUGUGUGACGGGAAAGUGGACUGUGGAAAUGGGGAGGAUGAGUCUAGAAGAUACUGUGGAAAUUUACCUAAUAGUCUUCCAGAAGGCUUGGUGUUCAAGUGUGCAAACAAGAGAUCGUGGACAUACAUUGACAAGCUUUGUGACAACAGGAAUGACUGCGGAGACUGCUCCGAUGAAACAGCUCUACGCUGCCCUCCAUGUCCAGGCUGGAGAUGUAACACCGUCUUCUUUGCCGAUUGUGACUGCAUCCCUAAAACCCGCUGUAAUGAUAAUAUUCAGGACUGUACAGACUGGAGCGACGAAAAAUCUUGUAGCUGAGACGUCACAGUAAGGACCCAGUUCAAUAUUUGAGUGAGAAGACCCUACAUUCAGGGACAGUACACUGGUCUCUAUGGCAAACAAUGGAUGAACUUUUUUAGACUUCGACUUUGUGUAGUUCCUAUUGCUAUAGUGCAUCUAGAACAUACAGUACGUCUUCACAUCUGAGAUACUGCUAAUGCAUCAGAGACUUUAAAGGGGUACUCCCUUGGAAAAAAAAAAUUUUUUAAAUCAAUUG